UCUUGGUAAAACAACAUCGUCCGUAUAAUAAUUUGAGGAAACGCUCCUUCCACAAACACGUCAUUUAAUCUCUGAUUGGCUUCUUAUAUCUUUAGCCUUUCUUUUAGGGGCUAACGACUGGAGAGAAGCAAUUUCAGAAUACUUAAUUUGAUUCUUGGACCAGGAGUAACGAGGGAAAGACUCACCACAUCCAAUUCUCCGAACCAACUAGCAAAGAGAGAAGUGAAGGAUUCUUUGAAUCUUGUAUAUACUAGUGAAGUCUAGCGAUCUGAAAAACUUGUCAAGUCAAAAUGUCUUUCCCGCUUGUCAGUAUUGCUCAAGGAACAGAAUUAACAUCGAGGAAGCUCAAUGUGUGUGGUUAUGUCACCGAAAGCGACAAGAACUCGGUAGCAAUGGCAUCUCAAGUCAUCUCCGCAAGUUUUGCUGCGGUUUUCUAUUUGGUGAUGUUCUUCCAGGGCAUUCUCGUCAUUUGUAUCGAGCGCUUUGUCAGAAUUUCUUCUUCACAUGGAACACUUUUCGUAUUUUUUGUGGGGGGUUUAUUUGCCUGUAUAAAUGUAAUCACAACUAGAAACAAUCUCUAUGUAGCAUUGAACUUCCGGCUUUUCACGGUACCUCUCAUUGGAAUUAUAUUUUUGUUCUUUGGCGUCACUCUGUUCUCCAGAGAACUUCCUCCGGGGGAAAAUCGACCAACUUUGGGAAGACAACAGCCCUCGAUGGGCUUGGUGGUUUCCAUAAUAACAGUUCCUCUGGUUGGCAUUGAGAUCGUACUUCUUAUCGCGACUUUUAAUUCUAUAUCAACAGACGAAAUAAAUGAAUCCUUGACACAUCUUGAAUGGCUCUUGCUCAAGACUGAAAAGUCUCUAUUCCUUGCUCAAAAGAUUUUCCAAGCUCUUUUCUAUCUAUGUCUGCGCAAAACAAGAAUACGCCGAGACUCCGAAGAGAAAGCCCGAUUUUAUUUUAGAUUAUUGUCUUUUUUUAACUUCAUCGAGUGGAUAGACUCACAAGUAAACGUAGAAAGAGACGUUCGUUUGAGUGGAAUCACGAAAGAACUCGAUGGCUGGUUCAAUUUUGUGACAGUUUUGUACCAAGCAUUGAUCAUAGAUUAUCGCUUAUUGUGUUCAUUACUAUUCCUUGAACAUUCGGCGGAAGUUCAAAAUCAAGACGGCCUAGCUGAAGAGAAUAAUUAUGGAGGAAAUAACCAAGAUGUUGGACUAAGAACAUGUUUUGGAUAUAGUGUUGGCUGUGUAUGCCUCAUUGUUCCCAUAUUCUGUGCAUUACAUGAUGCUCGUGCUUUCCAUCUGGAUGCAAGGGUCAAUACACUUGUUAUUACCGUCAACUUGGUAAUUGUCAUUUGUGGAGGGUGUCUCCUGUUCAAUAACAACUUGGAUGCUGAUCCCAUUCAACACAGAGAAUCACAAGGAGUCAAAAUCAUGGUUUGUUGCUUGGGUGCUGUGGGAUUUACAUGCUGGCUUAUGGAGGCGGCCAUUGCUUGUUUUUGGGCAGUAAAAAACAGAAGCGGCAUUCAGGAUGUGAAACCCCAGUACAUUCCUUGGACUGCUGCAAAGUUUGCUGUACGCAGUGUAACAACAGCAUUUAUCAUUUUCUUGUUCAUGAAAAUAAACGUUCGAGCUUUUCCCUCGAAUAACCCGACCAAAAGUGGAAACUUUACUUUAGUACCUAUUGUAAUGUUUGGGGUAAUAUCCAUGUUUAUCGAAGGCUUAAUUGACCAGAAGGCUGGAUGGGUACACCAAUAUCUUGGGUGUGAAAUACAAGAUCAAACCCUGGUAUUCCUCUUUGAGGCAGGUCCGCCAAUGUACCUGGGAUUUCUUAUUCAUGUUGCUCUCUACUUUAUGGUACUUGCAAAAGGACUUCGGUACUGCGCACCAGGGCCAAUUUUACAUAUUCCAUUAGAUUAACAGUAGAGGCUGAACUUAUGCGAUCAACUACUGAGUUAGAAAUCAUAUCACCUUUGUUUCCGAAGCUAACAAGAUGUGAGAUGAAAGCUGCAUCUGUAUUGGUUGCGAGGCCAAAUAUUGUUUGAUUCAUUGCUUGUUCUAGUUUUGGAGCCUUGAUGCAUCCUGAGCCUGAAAGUGGCAAUUAUGGAUCGUUAUGCGUAGAGGAAAGACUUUGCUGUUAAGGCCUGGUUUAGAGGCUGGCCUAAUUAAAAAUUGAAAAAUUGCCGCAUGUGGUAGCCACGGAGUGUUAAUAGUUUUUUUUUUUUUAAGUGUUAAUAGUUUAAAUACACUUAGGGAUGGCAGUAAAUAAAGCUUUCAUCUACUCCUUCUUUCUAUCGAUCAUUAGGAAGCACAAAUCAGUGAAGGGAUAACAGUCAGUGAGUUCGUCGCAUUUUAUAUAAGGAUACUAAAAGUAUGUGUUCAUUAUUAUCAAUGGUUAACGUUUUCGACGCUUACGCUCAACUUGCGUAAUGCAGUUUCAUCAGUCCUAUUAUUAAAAUAAAGAGCAUACGCUCAAAGCUGCACAAUAAAAGCUGUAACAACACCAGAAGUCAUAAAUGAUUGUGAAUAUGUGAAAAUCGAAAGUAUGAACUGCAGAUGAAGAAAUGAACAUGAAAGUGAUCUUCGCAGUAACGAACACUACGCAAGCAGCAUUGAAAAUAAGUAAUCUCCUUGUUAUGCUUUAAA